AUGAUCGAGGAUGAAACAUCUGAUCUCUCGUCCUCCAGCGGCCCCAGUAAUGCUCAACUGUUUCAGCUCAUGUCUUCUAUUCAGACUGAGGUGAAGAAAUUAUCAAGCAAGUACGAUGAAAUUAUUAAAUCCAUCUCAUUCUAUGGGGAUAAAAUCACAGAUUUUGAACGGACCCUAAAUAUAUUUGGUGAUAAAGUCAAACAAAUCGACACAGUGGUCGCUGAGAACCUGAAACUCAGGGCAGACUUGGCCGUAACGGAAGGCCGUCUCGAUCACCUGGAGCAAUAUUCACGCUUAAACAACUUAAUUAUUUCAGGAGUCCCCGAACGCGUGGGCGAAAACCUUCCUGAUAUUGUGUCCAGUAUUGCUUCUGUUAUUGAAUCUCCCAUUACACCUUCCGACAUUGAUGCCGUACAUCGAUUGCCUCAAAGAACAUCUCUCAGAGCAGAUAAACCGCAUGCUAACGCAAUAAUCGUUAAAUUUGUAUCCAGCAUGACACGGGACCGCAUUUUUAGUGCGGCUAGAUUGCGUCGUCGCGGAGUCAAUGGCCGUGGUUUAUCGGUUCCGGAUAUCUCGGAUAACUUAUAUAUAAACGAACAUCUAACGGCUAAUAACAUGAACCUCUUCAACAGGGUGCGGGAAAUGGCACGAGAGAAAAAUUAUAAGUACGUUUGGACGAAGAACUGUUUGAUUCACGUAAGAAAAGAUGACAGAGUUAAGGCUUUGGUAGUCAAAUCCCUGUCAGACUUGAAUAAAUUGUAA